CCAGCUCUCUGAGUGCUUCUCCCGCCGCCUCCAGCAGGGGUCCUCAGUGCACCGUGUGGUGGUGGACACUGCUCCUAGAGAGACACACGAGCACAACAAACCUCUCUUCUACGCUCUUAUUUUACGUAAAUGAAAACCAAACAUUCUGCCAAGACCGAUAUUUUUACCUAAAAUGUCAAAUACAACAGGUAACUGUUACAUGUGGUUGUUUAUAGCGGGGUUCAACGUUAACCGUUGAGACAAACCGUCCUGUAUUUACAAACUCAGCUUAUGUAUUCACGAGGAUGCGCGCGCCUCUUGGCAACGGAAGUUGAACGUCGUUGCUGGUGAAAACUUCCUUAACCGAAGCAAAACUACUGUUUCCAAACUGUUUUAAGCUAAAAUGUCGGCGUGUUGCGUGUCUGGCUGUAAAAGUCGACAUUCUUCAACCAGCAAACGGUUUUACAGAAUACCAGCCGGGUCUCGACCGUUUCAGGCCAACCGGAGACGUUUAUGGCUCCAAGCUAUCGAGAAAGUGAACGGCAGCACCGAGGGGCUCAAUGGACAUGCCCGCAUCUGUGGCGCUCAUUUUAAGUCAGGGGAAGCGUCCAUGGACCACGACAGUCCCGACUUUGUGCCUUCUGUGUUUACAUAUGCUGACAAGAAAAAAGUCAAAAGGUACUCCAGUCGUAUAAAAAGACGACAAUGCACAGCCAAAACAGACGAAGAAGAAGAGCAACAAAUUGCUCCACACAGAGCUGAUUCUCCGGUGGACCUCCAGUCCUCUGAUUUGACAGAGGAAAUACAGACAUCAUUAUCUCCAUCAGAACCAAAGGAAGGAGAAACAUGGACUGAAGAGGCUGAGACUGAGAGUGAAACCACACCAAUCAAAUCACAAACAACAUCACCAUCAGCAGACUAUCCAGUACUAGACAAAAGGAUUCCCAUUGUGCUUCUAAAACGUGUGUUUGUACCAGCAGGUGGUUAUCAGUGUGAGCAGUGCAAUCAGAACUUCACCAAUGCACCACAGCUUAUAAAACACAGACAGGUGCAUGAAGAAGAAGAAGAAGAAGAAGAAGAAAUAGACAGCACCGUCAUCUGUGAAUCUUGUGGAAAGGUUUUCACAAGACUGGCAGAUUUCACUGAGCACCAGUGUGUCCCCAAGCCUUCCUUUCCAUGCAACAUUUGUGAUCGAACCUUCACUACAAGCCAUAACCUCAAGCGUCAUAAACUGCUGCAUGUCAAAGAUGGCAGGAAGUGCCACCAGUGUGGCAUGCUAUUCUGUCAGCGUCAUAACCAUGUGGUAUUCACGCCACUGGCCGAGUCUGUAACUGAGUAUGAAGAGGAUCCCACUGAGCCUCAAAAUUUAGACACUGAUUUGACGCCAGAAAACCAUCUGCUGGAGAAGCCAGAGCCAAGCCAGACUACUGACCUGGGUGACGAUGCUCAGAGCAGCAUGACUGUUUCGUCUAUACCCCCAAACCAUAACGCCCAAUCUCCAGCCCCAUCUCAAGCCUCACACACCAAAGUGUUACCAGACAUCCCUCCACCGGUGUUUCUAAUACUCCCCUCUGUGUCACGUUUACCUCCACCGGUACCAAGGAUCUCAAGCAAAUUAUCUACCUCGUCUUGGUUUAAGACACCCCUGCCCAAGUAUCCUGUAGCCUCCAUUCAGCCUCCCCCACCAAAUCUACAGCUCCCACCCUCCCUGAAGCUUUUCUCACCACAGUACCUUACCUCAGCAUUUCUUGAGGUUAACAGAAAUUAUGAUUAUAUUUUAAGCAAACCAGCAGGUGUGAAGAAGAGGAAGAAUAUUGUGAAGGAGGAACAAUGCGAGGGGCCUUGGAUUUCUCCUCAUGAGCAAAGUGUUGAGCGCGUCAAAAAGGAAAGAACUGCUUAUGAGAUGGAGUUCAUGCUCUGAUCCAAACAGUGGAGGGAAAUAUGUCACUUUAAAGCAGUGACUACAUUUACAUAUACAGUACUAUUCCUCUAUUAUUCAUAUGAAUAAUAUACAUGACAAUAUUCAGAACUUGAUAAGGAACAUGUGAAGAGCAUUUUCCAUUUGGAUAUUCUGAAUUAGACCUUUUUCUGAAUGAAACAUUUUUGGAUUAAGACAUGGGAAACACCUGGAUCAUUCAGGUUUUAAGAGCAUACUUUCUACUCGUACGUAGCAUAUUUUUGCAUUCACAAAGAAGGCCCCCAUUUCUGGUUGGUCCCCCCUCUGUUGGAGUACUUAGCACACAGAUCUGGUACUAAAAGGUGGAGCUGUGAACACUGCAAUCUGUUGAUUGGUCAAUAGAGGACGGUCACUCUGCUCAGGGCUGAGUUGUGGCUGGUUUUGAGGCUCAUGUAACCACUGUUCAUACUGUGGAGAGUUUUAUUAGUAAACUGUAGCUAUAAAAUGAGAGGAUGUUUUGCUGCCUCUCACAGCAGCUGGAGUCUGAGAAUUUUUUUUUUUAUAUCACCGAGCCAACCGCCGGCAACUUUUAAGGUGGAACGUCAGCUUGUAAGGUUACUCAAUGCAUAAGUUGACGAGGUGAAUCCACCAGCACACCUUAAAUUUCACAGUGACAACUUUGACCAUACCUUAGUUUUUAAUAUGACAUACACCUUGAGUAAUGAGUGGAUCUUCAAGCGUUAAUAUGUAUUUAUUUCAACUGGGGUGGCAUAAAUCCCAGUCUUCACCCGGAGAAAAGAAAAGCAUUGCGGAGUGUCGUUCCUGUGGACUCCAGCAACACUAAACCCCUGAGCUUGCCUGAGAAGGACUAAAUGUACAAACCCGCUAUUUUUAAACAUCCCAUGGAGAGAGACGCUCACUGCAGCCUGGUUUAUUUUGUUCUGAAAAUGUCGACAUGCAGCCUCAUUCUGUGGACGAUAAACGAGGUGCAGUCUUUCCUCUAUGUCACCGAUAAUGAGGAAAUACAGUGAGUGCUGGACGGAGCAGUGAGUGACAACAACCCCGCCCACAUUUAAAAGUACUGUUUGCAGUGGAAACACUAGGGUCUAGCCUAGGUACCAUGUCUGAAGGGUUACUCUUGGUUCCAAAGGUACCAUACUAAAAGUUUUUGAUUGAAACAGGGCUAAGGAAGCAAAAUGGCACAAGCGGCUCCAGCUGCUCUGCUUUUCCAUAUUUUGACGUAAUGUGUUAGAGCACGUUAUUUGGAGUAUGCAUGACUGAAUCACCACAAUUUAACCUCAGCUGUCAAACUGACCUGUUCACCUAAUUCUUAAUGUUUGACAUUUCCCUACUUCUUACACUAAGACUUGUGCCUUGUAUCAUAAAGGUAAUAGCACAUUCUGUCAAACAUAUUAGUGUGUUCGGUAGAUACUACAACUAAAACAUAUACAACAACAUUUAAGGCUAAUUCUGCUCUCAGUAAGCCACACUUAUGCUCUCUGUUUGGCAUAAAGUGGUCUCACUUUUUGUUUAGUGUUCCUGUGAUAACAUGUACACUGUGAACGUGUUUGCUGCACACUUUGGUUGGAUCCAAGCUAGUUCAACACACCAAUUUCUAUGUCUAAUGUCUAAACUCGUAAAGCUGCUGUUUUUAUUAAGCAAGAGUUCUGUAUGUAGGAUGCGUUCCCGUCUUUAUCACUGCUGAGGUGAACUUUGUUUUUUCACUGUUGUCUGGUAAUAACACUGUUCUGUACGUAAGCAGUAGCUCUAACUGACCUGGAUUGUAAAACUGCACCAGGUGGCAUCUGGACUGCAAGCUAUAUUCUGUAUUUAGCAGUUUGUAGAGUAAUAACCAGUUUAAUCUCUAAACAAUUGCACAGUGCCAUGAAUGAUAUCAUGAAUAUCAUUAUCCAGCAUCAAAUAUGAAAAGAACUGUCAGUGAAUUCAGUUUUUAUCUACCUCAGCGACCAGGAACAACACAGAUAGUGUGUGUUAUCUAACAUUAUAGAUUUGUGUUUGCACAGAAAUAACAUUUCCCCCCCAUGUGUAUAUAAAGAUACUGUAGCAGUUCCAGUAUUUUGGGUACACAGUUGGCUUGUGUGUACUAAAGUCUGGAAGUGGCAGAAGGCAGGGCGGUGUAUUGAGAGAGGAAGCCACUUGUUUUUCCUGUAACAACAAGCACCAAACCUGUCAAACUGUAAAUGAGAGAGAAACCCUUUCUCCACCUGACACUGUGAACGGCGACAAGUCAAACACGUUGCAUCAUAUUCUCAUUACUGUGGAUGCAACACGCUCACUGACUGAAGCUACAGGUUCUGAAAUGGUUGUUAACGUAUCAGCUUGCUGAACAUCUUGUUUUUUAUUUUGUGUGUGUUUUAUUUUAUAUCACCUCAGUCAGUACAGUCAAUGGAUGAUAACUUUGUACCUGUUUUUGUGUGCCUUAUACACUGUUGUGUCAUAACACUGACAUUAAAACUCUCCAGUAAAACCAAAUUCCAAUUUAAAUGUACUGCUGUGUAGCUGUAACUACACUGUGUCCAUGUCAUGCUGAUUCACACUUGGACACAGUAACUGAAAGACAAACAGUGCAAUGUGUCUAAAUUUAAAUAUCUAUGUAACAUAAUCAUAUAUGCAGAAAUA